CUCAAUUUCUUAUCUUAACAUGGGUGUGGCAAAAACAGGUACCUGUCCAACCAAGAGUCUUGCUCUCCUACGGACAGUGUAUAUUGUCACUGGACAGGGUGCCCUCCAGCGACACACACAGAGGGACUGCAUUCCCCUACCCUCCUUGCAUCUAGGAUCUAAGAGGGGUCAUGUAUCUACUUCUUGUAAAAUGAAUAGAAAUGAUGCAGGUCACUUCUGGGCCAAGGAAAUUACGAAGAAAAUGCUUCCUUACCCUCUCUUUUUCUUGCAGCUGCAAGCAGAGAUCUCCAUGGUCCUAGGAUUAGCAGCUCCAGAGGCAAGGACCCUAGGAUUUCUCGCCAAGCUAAGGAAUGCUGCCCACAUACCAGAAUAUCAGCACCAAAUUGUUUGCAGCAUGUGCAGGGCCUCCAGCUGCUACAUCCUGAAGUGUGAUCCUGUCGCUGUCACAGUUGAAGGAAGACUGUGUCCCAGCAGUGCCUUGACUAAGAGGCCUCUCUCAGAGAUACGAGGGUGGCAUCGGAUGGCGCUCCAGCUACCACAAGAAGCGCUGGCUGCUCCCUCUCCUCCUUCCCAGAACACUGACUUCUCCAGUUCUCCCAGUGGCAUACCAACUUCUACCCUUUCUCUAUCCCAUUUUCAGAUUUCCAGUUCUUACAAAAUUUCUUUGAGGCUCACCCAAGCUUAAAGCUGAUGAACCACAGAACAGGUUGGAACCAGAGCUGUGUCUUAAAAAUAGGAAUCAUUUCUAAAUUAAUUGACUUGAAGUCAAUACUUUCCCACCAUGAAGCCUAUUACAUAAAUGAAUAAAACUAUAGAGUAAUGAAUUAAAGC